AUGUUUAUUACACAAAGGGAGAGUACAUGGAUGGGUUCGGAAGGCAUCGGCAAGGGCAGAAGGAACAAGACCUUCGUCUCGCGUGACUUCAAGACAAGCAAGCAUGACUACGAGAACGAGUUUCCGUGGUUUUGGAUCGACAUGGAGACGACGGGUCUGGACACGGACACGAACUUGAUCCUUGAAAUUGUGAUGGUCGUCACCGACCGAGACCUGAACGAGAUCGAUUCCAUGCGGCUCGUCCUUCACCACCCCCACUCAAUCCUGCUGGCCCGUUCCAGCGCGUGGUGCAGAAGGAAGUUCUGCCACCGCAGGGAAGGGGGAAAUGGGUUAUUCGAGGCUUGCCACUUCAGCGCUCUCAGUCACCACGAGGCGGAGUACAGGAUGUGGAACUUCUUCGACCAUUAUUCCAAAGACGUCGGCGGCAGGUACGACACGACACAGAUUACGUCUAGCCAGCCGUUCUUUGAUAGAACUCUGGGCGCCAACGGAACCUUUCUCGGCGCAUCCGACGCGUCACGGUGCCGCCACCAACAGCAACCUCGGCGAAGCAAUUACAAGAAGUGCCUGCUGGCGGGUUCGACCGUCUACUUCGACCGUAUUUUUCUGCUGAAGUACUUCCCGUGCCUGAAAACGUUCUUCCACUACAGAGUCGUCGACGUCUCUACCCCGCUGGAGAUGGUGCGUCGUUGGAGGCCCGACGUCGCCGCGAAGCUUCCCCGGCGCAACGGAUCACACCGCGCCUACGACGACAUACUUGACUCCAUCUCGCUGAUGAAAUUUUUCAAGGAGACCUUUUUGAAUGGAUAG